AUGCAGGGAUCCAGUCGACGUCUUCCACAGGGAAGAGCUGCUUGUGAGAACUCUGUACUAGGAAGGAACAAUUUAUACAAGGCGACUCUCCUUCAGGUUCUCCUGUUGUGGGGCCUUGUCUUUAUUUUGAGUUUCGUCAUCAGCCAUGGAAACGGCCAUCAAGGUAGAGUUCGUAUGUACCGUCUCAAGCUUGAUUUUAUGAUUAGUGAAAUUAGCUGGAAAUGGUGUGAAUUUUAUUUUUUCUCUGGUUCAUACAGUCAGUGGAUAAACGUCUUCUCAAUUAUCACUCUUAGUGACACCUUUUACUGAAUCCAUUCUUGACAAUGCUGUUUUUUCCCCUAGUUUUCUCCUAUUAUUAGGAGUCAAUCACCGUAGCUUCUGCCUUCCAAUUCUUUUCUUUUAUAACUUUUUAUCCUUUAGUUGUCAUUCUUUAUUCAUAAACUAUCUAAAGUCCAAAAAAAAUCUUAUUUUUUAGGUUUUUUUCUCUUUACAACAUGAAUCCACAGAGCGUGGGUAUUAAAAAAAUUAGCACAUCUCAUUCUUCUAACUUUUGUUGCUACUCAUCACAACUUCAGGCAUAGUUAAGUGAAUUGACAGCUGUGAAGUUCCAAAACAUUGCUCUCAUUAAUGCCGCUUUCACACAACUUUCAUGAAAACUCUCUGUAGAUAGUAGAGCAUGCAUUUCUCCGCGAACGUUUUCUUUUCAAUCAGAUAUCUUUUUUUCUUAUUUUGCAUGUCUCUUCUUUGGAUUUGUAGAUGAACACGGAGUUGUUACUGAGUCAAAGUGGUGUGAAGUCGAUAAAGACCAGAAUAAAGAUCCCCAUUCUCAAGGUCUCUUGAGAUUUGAAGAUGUGAGAUCCAGGAACAAUGAUCAGGAUACUCAUAAUUCAAGGGAUGACGCCGACGGUGAUAAUGAAUUCUUGAUGGAUAAAAUCAAUGAAAUGCAUUUACUCUCAACUGAGCAAGGUAAUAUGCUGGAGAACAUCUGUAACCCAGAUGUCAAAGAAGAGAAAGAAACUCCCACGAAGACUGACGACAGGCUAUCCCGUAUUGCUCCCCCUGGUCUGGACGAAUUUAAGAGUAGGACAAUCACUCCCAAGGGAAAGCAAGAGACGGGCCAAGUGGGUUCGGUUGUACAUCGCGUGGAACCUGGUGGGAAGGAGUACAACUACGCCUCUGCCGCAAAGGGGGCAAAGGUCUUGGCCUUCAACAAGGAAGCAAAAGGUGCUUCCAAUAUCUUAGACAAAGACAAGGACAAGUAUCUCCGCAACCCUUGCUCAGCUGAGGAUAAAUUUGUCAUCAUAGAGCUUUCUGAAGAAACCCUGGUGGUCACGAUUGAGAUUGUCAACUUUGAACACUACUCAUCCAACAUGAAAGAUUUCGAGCUGUUGAGUAGCUUGGUUUAUCCGAGUGACACUUGGGUAAACAUAGGCAAUUUCACUGCCUCAAAUGUGAAGCAUGCGCAGAGGUUUGCUGUUCAAGACCCAAAAUGGGCAAGGUACCUGAGGCUGAACCUAGUCAGCCAUUAUGGCUCAGAGUUCUACUGCACACUUAGCGCUUUGGAAGUGUAUGGAGUUGACGCUGUGGAAAGGAUGCUGGUGGAUUUGAUAUCUGUUCGAGAUGCUCACGUUGGAUCUGAGGAACCGAAACCUGAUGAGACGUCAUCAGUGGACUCCAUUUUCGGCGAAGAUCAAUAUGCAGACCUCAUGCCCGGACCGAAUUGUGAUCAAGGUGAUGCGGAGAGGGAAGCAUUGACUCCAAGGCUGGAUGCUGCGAAGGGAAAUGGGGUCGAUCGAAUUGCCGAUGCUCGACCUUCACAGGGUGGAAGAAUGCCUGGGGACACCGUUUUGAAGAUCCUAAUGCAAAAGGUCCAACAUUUGGUGGUGAAUUUCUCCAUUUUGGAGCGGUAUAUUGAGGAAUUAAACGGCAGAUAUGGACAGAUUCUGAAGGAUCUCGACAUUGAUAUCAGAGAUAAUGACCUCCAAUUGGAAAAGAUUAGAGAAGAGAUGAAGAACCUCCAAAAUAACAGAGAAGAGCUUGUGAGUGUAUCCCAGGGAAUUCCUUGUUUUCUUUCACUUAUUCUUCCUGAUAUCUUACUGCGCCGUGUGGUUUGCAGACCAAAGACAUUUCGGAGCUUCUCUCUUGGAAAUUACUCGUCUCCCUACAGCUGGAGAGUUUGGUCAAAGAUAGUGCGGUUCUCAGGUUUGACUGAUUUCUUCGCUUUAGUGUAACCCUUUAAAGAAAAAAGAAAAAAAAGAAAAACCAAUGGUUAAUGACACGUCCGACUCAAUCCCGUGUUUUAAUAGUCUCGUAAUCUGAUGAUAUUAAUGAGCAGAAUGGAGAUGGAGGGGCUUCGUGGUCGUCAAGCAGAGAUGGAGAACAGAGGCCUUGCAGUUGUGUUCAUUUGUUUUCUCUUUGGGAGUCUUGCGGUUCUCAGAUUAUUUACGGUUACAUUGUUGAGUGUCUUUAGAUUACGCAGGUGUGAAAAGUUUUGUCCGCUGACCUCUUCUUGGUCUGUAUUACUACUGUGCAGUACUCUUGUAGCUCUCAUCCUCGUGUUAUAG